CAAUCCAUUCCACUAUAAUUCUGCCACUGAUCUACUUAAUAAUAGUAAGGAAAAAUCCGUUUCGUUUUGCCAUGGGGAUGGCUCAGGCACUUCUGACGGCCCUGAUGAUUUCUUCCAGUUCAGCAACUUUGCCUGUCACCUUCCGCUGUGCAGAAGAAAAAAACUUAAUCGACAAAAGAAUUACCAGGUUCGUUCUUCCAGUUGGAGCUACCAUCAACAUGGAUGGCACAGCUCUUUACGAAGCAGUAGCAGCUGUAUUUAUUGCACAACUGAAUGACUUAGAACUGGAUAUUGGCCAAAUAGUGACCAUUAGUGUCACAGCUACUGCAGCCAGCAUCGGGGCUGCAGGUGUCCCCCAAGCCGGACUUGUCACGAUGGUGAUUGUACUGAGUGCCGUUGGCCUGCCUGCUGAAGAUGUUACUCUGAUCAUUGCAGUUGACUGGCUUCUGGAUCGAUUCAGAACAAUGGUGAAUGUCUUGGGAGAUGCCUUUGGUACAGGGAUAGUGGAGAAGCUCUCUAAAAAGGAGCUGGAGCAGAUGGAUGUCACCUCUGAAGUCAACAUAGUCAAUCCUUUUGCCUUGGAAACAAUACUUGAUAAUGAUGAAGCAGAGACCAAGAAAUCAUACGUCAAUGGAGGCUUUGCUGUAGAUAAGUCUGACACCAUAUCCUUCACACAGACUUCUCAGUUCUAAAGCCAGUAGCUUUCAGCCUACCGUCCUCUCUCACUGUAGAAUAUUGAAUUCCUUUAGCUAUAGCAAGAAAAACAAAACCAGCUGAAUUUAGGAUUUGUUAUCUAUCUUCACUAGUGACUCGGCUGUAGCUUUGGCAAGAAUUUCUGUCUUCUUCCAAUAAAAUAAAUGCUUAAGAGCACAGUGCUGAGAUUGCAAGAACGUCUUCUAACUAUGGGUGAUCUGGGUUGGGAGUAUACUUGUAAACACAUACUAAGCAGGGAACUAUUUAUUAUU